AUGAAUCCCAAGGAGAAUGCUAGUGCAGUAACUUUGCGAAGUGGGACGCAAUAUGAUCCACCUAGUCCUCCAAUGCCCAGUAAAUUGUCAUCCAAGCCACAAGUUGAUUGCUCAGUUAAUGAAGAUGUUCCUCCAAAGCCAACCACCCCUACACAACUCAGCCCUAAGCCUACUUUUGUCAUUCCACCUCCAUUCCCAAGCAGGCUGAAGAAGACUAAAAAGGAAGAGGUUGACAAGGAAAUUCUUGAUACAUUCCGAAAGGUAAAAGUGAAUAUUCCUCUUCUUGACGCUAUUAAACAAGUGCCGCGCUAUGCCAAGUUUCUGAAAGAGUUGUGCACUAAUAAGCAUGAAUCUAUUCCAUGCUCCACUCCAAUUUUUUUGGGGAGACCAUUCAUGAAGACUGCGAGAACUAAGAUUGAUGUGCAUGACGAUUUGCAUAAUGAAGAUUGUUUGGAGGUUGCGUUGAGAGAGCAUCUUGUGUUGACCGAUGAAGAUUUGUCUCAUGAGAUCAAGGAUGUCAUAACCACACUCAAUAGUGGUUUUGACAAGACUUUUAAGAAGGUUGCAUUUCUUAAUUUGCCGAUUUCUAAUGAGAAAUUGCAGCCAUCAAUUGUUCAAGCUCCUACACUUGAAUUGAAGCCACUUCCGGAGCAUCUCAAAUAUGUUUACUUGGGGAGGAACGAGACACUUCCGGUUAUAAUUGCACGAGAUCUUAAUAAAGUCCAAGAAGAAAAAUUAAUGAGAGUACUCCAAGAGUAUAAAACAGCCAUUGGUUGGUCUAUUGCGGAUAUUAUGGGGAUUAGCCCUUCCAUGUGCAUGCACCGAAUUUUACUUGAAGAAGGGUCUAAACAAACACGUGAGGCGCAACGGAGAUUGAAUCCACCUAUGAUGGAGGUUGUGAAAAAGGAGAUACCGAAGCUCCUUAGUGUGGGUAUUAUUUACCCAAUUUCAGACAGUCAAUGGGUGAGUCCUGUUCAGGUAGUGCCAAAGAAGUCUGGAAUCACAGUGGUAAAGAAUGAUGAAAACGAGCUGGUACCAAAAAGAAUGCAAACCGGGUGGCGAGUUUGUAUAGACUACCGAAAGUUGAAUGCGGCAACCCGUAAGGAUCACUUUCCAUUACCGUUCAUUGAUAAGAUGCUUGGGAGGUUAGCGGGUCAUCCUUAUUAUUGUUUUCUUAACGGUUAUUCGGGAUAUAAUCAGAUUGUUAUAGCUCCUGAAGAUCAAGAGAAGACAACCUUCACAUGCCCUUUUGGUACAUUCGCUUUCCGACGAAUGCCGUUUGGGUUAUGUAAUGCUCCGGCCACAUUUCAGCGAUGUAUGAUGAGCAUUUUUUCAGAAUAUAUUGAAAACAUCAUUGAGGUUUAUAUGGAUGAUUUUAGUGUUUAUGGUGACUCAUUUGAUCGCUGCCUUCAUAAUCUCACUUUGGUACUUCAGCGGUGUAUUGAAACUAACCUUGUGCUUAAUUGGGAAAAAUGCCAUUUUAUGGUAAACCAAGGUAUAGUUUUGGGUCAUGUGAUUUCAGUCAAGGGAAUAGAGGUCGAUAAGGCAAAGAUUGAUUUAAUUCGUUCUCUACCAUCUCCGACUAGUGUGAAAGAAGUGCGAUCAUUCCUUGGGCAUGCUGGGUUUUAUCGGAGAUUUAUUAAGGAUUUCUCUACAAUUUCCACACCACUAUGCAACCUUCUCCAAAAAGACGUAAAGUUUGAAUUUAAUGAGAAUUGUUUAGUGGCUUUCAACUUAUUAAAAGAGUCUCUGACUACAGCUCCUAUAAUUCAGCCACCAAAUUGGGAGCUACCUUUUGAAACUCAGGAGCCUCUUCAAACUCUUGUUUACCAUUGA